AUGACUAGUCCUAAACCCCCAAUUGAGAUCAAGGGAGAUUGCUCCACGAUCCAUGACGACACACUCUACGUCUACUCGCCCGACGGUUCACCCAAGGGCUUCGCCUAUAUCCCACUCCGUGAAAAUGGGACCUGGCACGAAUUGCCCAAUCCAGAAUACGAAGUAUCCGAGCCUGCCUGCGUCAAGGGUGGCAUCUCGGGUAGCAAAGAUGAUGUAUUUUACCUGGUCGGCGGGACCGGCCCCUCGGAGAACAGUGGCCUCCAACGGUUCUCAUUCAGCAGUAAGAAGUGGGAGACCGUCCCCAUGGAUGCCCCGGAAAUGGUGAAUCGUACUGGACACGCUGCUGGGUACUUGUCUUCGACCUCGGAUAUCGUGGUCUACGGAGGAAGCACCGAUGGCAACAAAGUCGGCUCCCAAUCAUCAUAUCUUAUCCCGACAUCCUCAUACGUUGUGCAGUCCGGGGCUGCCAUGGGUACACCCACAUUGUACAAUCCCAUCAUCUUGCCUUGGAGUGACUCCCAAGUCGCCAUGUUUGGAGGAUCUGCAACCAACACUGCGAUCUAUGUUUAUAACUCUACGGGCUGGACUCUUUCGGAGGCAACCCUCCCUUCUGCACUUGACACCUCAUCCCUAUGUGCGCUCGUCUCGGAUGGCGAUGAUAUUGUCCUCGAAGAGUUCAAGAUGGACUCUUCCCCGAACAGCGUAACAAGUUACGUCCUUCAAUCAAAGGGGAAGUUGCAAUCUCCUGCCACAACAAUUGGCUCCGCGGAAAAGAGGAGUAUCACCGACUCCUACAACAGCACUUUUGCGCCCAAGAACUCUUGGUCGGAUUACGCACUCGCCCAAGGUGGCGGCAUGGUUGUCCUCUCGAGUGGCCACACUAACGACUCCCUGGCUGUCUACAACUCCACCUCCAAUGGCUGGGUCAACUCCACUUCGCUGUUCUACGGAAGCGGAGAUCAGACCUCCCUCAAGCCAUCUACCACCUCCUCUUUCACCUCAACAUCUACACCAACAUCCACUUCAACUACAUCCACUUCUGCCUCAAGUACACCGACUCACACGUCGAGCGCAGCGUCACCUGCAGGCGGAGGCCUCAGCGAUCACGGUAAAACCAUCCUUGGUGCGACCCUCGGAAGUAUCCUUGGCUUUGGAGCCAUCCUUCUUAUCAUUCUAAUUCUACUCCGCCGAAAGAAGGACAAGAAGGACAUGGCCGCGCAUGCCGGCGCCGGCAGUGACAGCAAAAGCCGCCUCAGCUUCCAGGAUCAGGGCAUAGAACCCCUGACCGAAGGCGCCUAUCCCAUGGCCAGGUCUCCUGUCCCUCUCGCCGCCUCUGCCUCGAACGACUCACUGGCUAUUAUGACCGGUAAAUACAACGGAGAGAAGACUCUCAAGCCACCCGGUGCGACGGGCUAUGGCCUCGCUGGUGGCAAGAGUAGUCCUCUCUCAACCAUUCCCUCUAGCGGUGCCAUGGGCGCCUCAAGCGUGUACACCGACGAUACCGACCGGGCUGGUGAAUCUCCCGGCCACGGCAACCAACCCGGAGACCGCACGACCGACGAGGGCUGGGGCAAGUACUUUGAAGAGAGUGGCAACAUGCCAUCAGAUCGCUCGACCAUGAGCUCCGUCUACACAAAGUCCGACUACCGUGGAAGCGGUUGGCCCAUGGCGAACAUGGCCCCACUAAAUUUUGGAUUCCUCGACCAGCCUAAGCCCCUCGGCCAAGUCAACAGUGGCAGCCCCACCACCGAAGUCAGUUCCUCGGAGAUGGGCUCUCGGAGCCUGGUUAUUCCCGAAGGCCAAUCUGCACGCAUUUCCAGCGUGGACUCGAUCAGCGUCGCCUCAGACGACGACCGCGACGACCCGCAUUGGCAAAACGCUGCCCACAGCAGCUGGCUGGGUCGUCCGUCGAGCAGUAACUACAGCAACAGUUUCUACAACUCCAGCUCCCGCGAUCUGGCCGGGUUAUCAUCUAACACGGCCCUUGCGGACAAAGUACGCCAAUCGCACCGGAGAUCCAGUGUUGUUAUCCCCGAACACAUUGACGAAGAUCCCGUGCCAGGACAGCAAAACAACCUCAACUCAGAUAUGAGCUGGCUCAAUCUCAAAGCUGAGCGAUGA